CGCAAAGUGUGGCAGCCAGGUCGGCCUUUAAUCCCCUGGGCCCGGAGAUGCCCUCCCCCCUCACUGAUGGAGAGGGUCCCGGGGCGUCCCCCCUGAACGGGUCUGCCGGCCCCUUCAAGCCCAGCGGGACGAGGAAGAACCUCAAGAAGAAGAAGAAGGGCACCAUCACGGCCAACGUGGCCGGCACCAAAUACGAGAUUGUUCGUAUAGCCAUCAAGGAGAUGGGCUACCUCAAGACCAGGCACGAGGACGAGACGGCCAACCUCAUCUGGUGCGACUCGGCUGUGCAGCACGAGAAGAUCGCUGAGCUCAGGAACUACCAGAGAAUUAACCAUUUCCCUGGCAUGGGCGAAAUCUGCCGCAAAGACUGUCUGGCCAGAAACAUGUCCAAGAUGAUCAAGUGCCAGCCUCAAGAGUACGGCUUCAUCCCCAAGACCUGGAUCUUCCCGGCCGAGUACACCCAGUUCCAGAACUACGUCAAGGAGCUGCGGCGCAAACGCAAGCAGAAGACCUUCAUCGUCAAGCCCGCCAACGGAGCCAUGGGCCACGGAAUCUCGCUGAUCCGUAACUGCGAGAAGCUGCCUGCCCAGGAGCACUACAUCGUGCAAGAGUACCUGGACAAGCCCUUCCUCAUGGAGGGCUACAAGUUCGACCUGCGCAUCUACAUCCUGGUCACCUCCUGCGACCCGCUGCGCAUCUACCUGUACGACGACGGGCUGGUGCGCAUGGGCACCGAGAAGUACCACGCGCCCAGCGAGGCCAACCUGAGCCAGCUCUACAUGCACCUGACCAAUUACUCGGUCAACAAACACAACGAGAACUUUGAGCGCGACGAGACCGCGGACAAGGGCAGCAAGCGCUCCAUCGGCUGGUUCACCGAGUUCCUCCGUGCCAACCACCACGACGUGGCCAAGUUCUGGGGCGAUGUUUCUGAGCUGGUGGUCAAGACCUUGAUUGUAGCCGAGCCCCACGUUCUGCAUGCGUACCGCAUGUGUCGCCCCGGACAGCCACCAGGGAGCGACAGUGUCUGCUUCGAGGUGCUGGGCUUUGACAUCAUCCUGGACCGCAAGCUCAAACCGUGGUUACUUGAGGACGAGCUGCAGAGAGUGAUCUACGGCUAA